AUGACGACCGCCCAUAGACCAACGUUCGAUCCCGCACGCGGAAAAGAAGCCCAGCGCGGACCCGCCUACCAUCAGCGACUGCUUCCUGCACACACAACAUUGAAGAGACGGCAGCCUGGACAGGGUGGCGAAGCUGAUGCAUACAAGCGCGACCUCCGCGCAGAGCUUUUGGAGGCUGAAGCGCGUCACGCAGCGAAGAAGAACGGCACCUAUGUCGAGCCAGAAUCUGCCAUGGACACUAGCGGUGGGUCUAAACGCCAAAUCGAUGCAGUACCGGCGGCAGAAGACGGCGAAGAAGAUGAAGCAGCGGCAAAACGGCGACGUAUAGAAGUACUGGAGCAGUACCGGGACAUUGAUGCGGACGACAGUAGUGAAGACAGUGGAAGUAGCGACGAGGAUGACGAGGACGAAGAAGACGAAACGGCAGCCCUCAUGCGCGAACUCGAGAAGAUCAAGAAGGAGCGUGCCGAAGCCAAGGCCAAGGAGGAGGCAGAGCGCGCGGCAGAGGAAGAAGAACAGCGCGAAAUUGAUGUCGCAAGAGGCAAUCCGUUGCUCAACUCCCGCGACUUCGCCAUGAAGCGCCGAUGGGACGACGAUGUUGUGUUCAAGAACCAAGCACGAGGCACCGAAGACCGCAAUAAGAAGAAAGAGUUCAUCAACGACAUGCUGCGCUCCGAUUUCCACAAGAAGUUCAUGUCCAAGUAUGUUCGAUGA